GAAAGGGACAGAGAGAAGCCUGCAUCAAACGCUUGAAGGCGCUAACACAGCCACAGUCAGUCGGUCGUGCUCAUGGACCGCGAGGUUCGCUUCUGCUAACAAAUACAAAAGUCACCGCGCGGCUAAGGAACGGUUUGCAAAGCGUCUUAAUCCGUCGACCAGUGAACAACGUACGAUCGCGACGCUAAAGGAACGUUACCACAACGGCAGAGGUGUUUGUGAUCGCUCGCAUUCGUUCGGCCCUCCUAAUCAAACUCAAUUAGUUGCGCUACUCUCCGGUCAGUCCCCGUUGCGACACAAAAGGGUUCAAUCAUGGUGCAGGACAGCGGUACCCUGAAGAAGGUGUUGGUGAUCGGUGGCGGCGGUCGCGAGCAUGCCAUCUGCUGGAAGAUGGCACGCAGUGAACGGGUGGAAACGGUUUACGCACUUCCAGGCAGUCCUGGCAUUGCGGCCGUCCCGAAGGUUCAGCUAGUGGCGGAUGUCGGUGUGAAGAACCAUAGUGCCAUCGUAGCGUGGUGCAAACAGCACCAGAUCGAUCUGGUUGCGGUGGGCCCGGAAGAUCCGCUGGCCGAUGGACUGGCGGACGUGCUGCAGGCAGCCGGCAUAAAGUGCUUCGGCCCGGGACGACGCGGUGCACAGAUCGAGGCAGACAAAAACUGGUCGAAAGACUUUAUGCACCGUCACGGCAUUCCGACGGCCCGCUAUGCCAGCUUUACCGAUGCGUCCGAGGCGAAGGCUUUCAUCCGCAGCGCACCGUACGCGGCACUGGUCGUGAAGGCGAGUGGGCUGGCCGCCGGUAAGGGUGUGAUCGUGGCCGAAACGAUCGACGAAGCGUGUGCCGCCGUCGACGACAUCCUCGGCGAGAAACGGUUCGGUGCGGCCGGCGAGGUGGUCGUCGUGGAGGAGAAACUGUCCGGCGAGGAAGUUUCGGUGCUGGCGUUCGUGGACGCGCGCACCGUGCGCGUGAUGCUGCCGGCCCAGGAUCACAAGCGGCUGCUGGAUAACGAUCGGGGCCCUAAUACAGGCGGCAUGGGUGCAUACUGUCCGUGUCCGAUCAUUAAACCCGCCCAGAUGGAGCUGGUCGUGCGGGAGGUGUUACAACGGGCCGUCGAUGGAUUGCGAGCGGAAGGCAUCAAGUACAACGGUGUGCUGUACGCCGGCAUGAUGCUUACCCCUAACGGGCCGAAAACGCUCGAGUUCAACUGUCGCUUCGGUGACCCUGAGACGCAGGUCAUUCUGCCCCUGCUCGAGAGCGACCUGUACGAAGUGAUGGAAGCAACGUGCGACGAUCGACUGCACGAGAUCAAUCUCAAGUUCCGGGUCGGACUCAGUGCGGUCGGUGUGGUGAUGGCCAGCAGGGGCUACCCGGAAACGUCCACCAAAGGAUGCGUUAUCAAAGGGCUUGACGCUGUAGCUGCCCGCCCGGAACACCUUGUGUUUCACUCCGGUGUGGCACGCAACGAACGGGGCGAGUUCGUCACGAACGGUGGCCGGGUGCUGAUCGGUGUCGUGCUUCACAGCGAUCUGAAACAGGCAGCCGCACUAGCCACAUCCGCCUGCACGACGGCAAUCAGCUUUGACGGUUCGCAGCACCGGCUGGACAUCGCACAGAAAGCAUUCAAACACCAAAGUUUGUCGUACAAAGCGAGCGGAGUCGAUAUCGAUGCAGGAGAUGCGCUGGUGCAGCGCAUUAAACCGUUGGCGCGCGGUACCAACCGGCCCGGUGUGGUUGGUGGAUUGGGAGGAUUUGGUGGACUGUUUCGAUUGAACGAUGUAACGUAUACGAAUCGUGAAGGUAAAUCGGUCCGGUACAGUGAUCCGGUGCUGGUGCAAGGUACGGACGGUGUUGGCACCAAGCUGAAGCUUGCCGAAGCACUCAACUGCUGGGACACGAUCGGCAUCGAUCUGGUGGCAAUGUGUGCGAACGAUGUGCUGUGCGCCGGUGCGGAACCACUCGCAUUCCUGGACUAUAUUGCCUGCGGACGGUUGGAAGUGCCGACGGCCGCAAUGAUCGUGAAGGGUAUUGCGGAAGGGUGUCGCGAAACGAACUGUGCGCUGCUCGGCGGAGAAACGGCCGAAAUGCCGUCGAUGUACGAGAAGGGCAAGUACGAUCUGGCCGGAUACUGUGUCGGUGUGGUGGAGCACGAUCAAAUCCUUCCGCGCGUCGAUCGCAUUAAGGAGGGCGAUCUCGUGAUCGGUCUGCCAUCGAGCGGUGUACACAGCAACGGAUUUAGCCUGGUAAACCGCAUCCUCGAGCGCACCGGCACGAAGCUGACCGAUCGUGCCCCGUUCGGUGAGGAUGGAUGUAGCACGUUCGGCGAGGAGCUGCUUACCCCGACGGCCCUUUAUGUGGCUCCGCUGCUGCCGUUACUGCGCCAGAGCGAUGCGGUGAAAGCGUUGGCACACAUCACCGGCGGUGGAUUGGUGGAGAACGUGCCGCGGGUGCUGCCGGACGGAUUGGCGGUCGAGGUGGACUUUAGCGAUGUGCAAAUCCCUCCCAUCUUCGGAUGGCUAGCGGCGGCCGGAAAUGUAAGCGAGCGGGAAAUGCUUCGUACGUUCAACUGUGGCAUCGGAAUGGUGGUGAUCGUGUCGGAGUCGGAUCGUACCUGGAAGGAGAAGCUGUCCGCGCACGGUGCGGUACUGCUUGGGCGAGUGCAACGGAGGGCCCGUGGCACCGACCAGGUGGUGGUGAAGAACUUUACGCAAGCGAUCACUAAGGUGGCAGCAGGCUACAAGCCGGACAAGCGGUCCGUAACCGCCAUAUCGUACAAGGACAGUGGCGUUGAUAUCGGAGCCGGCGAUGAGUUGGUGCAACGGAUCAAACCGUUCGCAAAGUCGACGAAUCGGCCCGGUGUGAUGGGUGGGCUCGGCGGUUUCGGCGGACUGUUUCGACUGCGCGACACGGGAAUGAGCCUCGCGGAUCCCAUCCUCGUGCUCGGUACGGAUGGUGUCGGAACGAAGCUGAAGAUCGCGCAGGACUGCAAUCUGCACGGUACGGUGGGCGUCGAUCUGGUGGCGAUGUGCGUGAACGACAUCAUCUGCAACGGUGCGGAACCGCUCGCUUUUCUCGAUUAUUACGCGUGCGGGCAGCUGGAUGUGCCGGUAGCGGCGAAGGUGAUCGAGGGCAUUGCCGAAGGAUGCAGGCAGGGCAACAGUGCACUGCUCGGUGGCGAAACGGCCGAAAUGCCGGGAAUGUACGCGAAGGGUGUGUACGAUUUGGCCGGCUUUUCGCUUGGCAUUGCGGAGCGCAGCCGCAUGUUGCCGCGGAUGGAUUGUAUCUGCCCGGGGGACGUUAUCAUUGGCCUGCCGUCCAGCGGUGUGCACAGCAAUGGGUUCAGUUUGGUGCACAAAAUACUGGAGUUUGCUGGCCAUUCGUACGGUGACGUUGCACCGUUCAGCGCCACGGGCAAAACGUUUGCGGAGGAACUGCUAGUGCCCACGCGCAUCUACGUCCGCGAACUGCAGGCCCUGCUGGCGGAAGGGCUGGUGAAAGCGCUCGCACACAUCACCGGAGGAGGAUUUACGGAAAACAUUCCGCGCGUGCUGCCGGCCGGUGUGGCCGCAUUCCUCGAUCUUACCGAGAUGCACAUUCCACCGAUUUUCGGCUGGCUGGCCCGGGCCGGCAAUGUAACGGCGGAUGAAAUGCUGCGUACCUUCAACUGCGGCAUCGGUAUGGUGCUGGUGGUGGCCACGGAACACAAACACACCGUGCUGGAGCGUCUUCGCAGUGCUGGCGGAUCGGCACUGGGGACGGUGGUGAAAAAAUCGGACCCCCUCGGGCAGCGCGUGAUUGUGCAGGGUUUCGAGGAUACGUUGCGGAUGUCGCAGCUGACCUGCUCGCUGCCGAAAAAACGGAUCGCGGUACUGAUUUCCGGCUCGGGCAGCAAUCUGCAGGCACUGAUUGAUGCGACGCGCAGCUCGAUCUUUGGCAUUCGGGGUGAGGUUGUGCUGGUGGUGUCGAACAAGGCGGGUGUGUUCGGACUCGAACGGGCAGCCCAGGCGGGCAUACCGUCGAAGGUAAUCCUGCACAAAGACUACAGCACACGGGAGCUGUUUGAUGCGGCCGUGUCGAAGCUGCUCGAAAAGGAGCGUAUCGAGCUGGUGUGCUUGGCGGGCUUUAUGCGCAUCCUAUCGGAAGGAUUCGUGAAGCGUUGGAAGGGUGCAUUGAUUAACAUUCACCCGGCACUGCUGCCGCGCCAUAAGGGCAUCCAUGCCCAGCGGCAGGCACUCGAUGCGGGAGAUGUUGAGUCGGGCUGUACGGUUCACUUUGUGGACGAAGGCGUCGAUACGGGCGCUAUUAUCCUGCAGGAACGCGUACCCAUCUUGAGAGGUGAUACGGAGGAAGCGCUGACCGAACGGAUUCACCAGGCGGAACAUAUUGCGUACCCGAAAGCGCUACGGUUGGUGGCGAACGAAGUUGCAACCCUGGGACAGGACGGCACACUGCAGUGGAUGAGCUAGCUCUGAAUGGGGCCACACUAGCAUGUGGAAUGGAAUUUCGCGUGUCGGGAAAAAAAAGACAAAGUGACACCGUUUGUUGCUAAUUUUGUUACGCUGGUUUCGUUUUUAUCUUUCCUACUUUAAGAACGUUCAACUAAACAAUGAACCAAUAAAUCCUAAUAUACUUGACCUGCUAC